GCUAGCUCCAGCACCAUGGCUGGCUUCCUCCAGAUGACACUGGCCUUCAGGAAAUACCUGAUCAUCGUGCUCGUACCCAUUCUGUUCCUUCCUCUGCCCCUGGCCAUCCCUACCAAGGAGGCCCAAUGCGGUUACGUUAUCAUCGUGAUGGCAUUGUUCUGGUGCACGGAAGCCCUGCCGUUGGCGGUCACAGCUCUCUUUCCUGUCCUGCUCUUCCCACUCAUGAAUAUCAUGGAUUCAACCACAGUCUGCCGGGAGUACCUGAAGGACACCAACAUGCUUUUUAUCGGGGGACUGCUGAUGGCCAUUGCUAUUGAGAGCUGGGAGCUACACAAGCGCGUUGCUCUGCGGGUCUUGCUUAUCACUGGUGUCAGACCAGCCCUGCUUCUCAUGGGUUUCAUGAUCGUGACCGCCUUCCUGUCCAUGUGGAUCAGCAACACCGCCACCACUGCCAUGAUGGUCCCGAUAGCACAAGCCGUGUUGGAACAGUUGCACAAGUCCGAAAUGGAGUCGAGCGCAGCCGGCCACGGAUAUGAGAACAUCAAUAAAGCCUUUGAACUGCAGGAAGAGCCAACUAAAUCAGGUAACAGUCAAGUCCUGACAGUCGAGGAAGACAGAAAGGGAAAUGAAAAUCUGCUGGAGGAGAAGCACAAGAAUUUCUCCAAGGGAAUGUCUCUCUGUAUUUGUUACUCGGCCAGUAUUGGAGGGAUUGCAACUCUGACUGGGACCACACCAAACCUGGUACUGCAAGGACAAGUUGAUGAGCUCUUUCCCGAUAACGGCAAUAUCAUCAACUUUGCCUCGUGGUUCUCCUUUGCCUUCCCCACCAUGAUCGUGUUACUGGUUUUGACGUGGAUUUGGCUGCAGAUACUGUACCUGGGCUUUAAUUUUCAGAAGAAUUUUGGUUGUGCUGGAGAUGCCUCGGCAAAGGCUAAGGAGCAACGGGCCUAUGACACCAUCAAGGAAGAGAGCAGGAAAUUGGGCUCAAUGAAGUUUGCGGAAAUAGCGGUUUUGAUCCUCUUCAUACUCCUGGUAUUGCUCUGGUUUACAAGAGACCCCGGUUUCAUACCAGGCUGGGCAACGGUUCUUUUCAACAAAAAUGAUACAAGCUACGUCACUGAUGCUACAGUUGCCAUCUUCAUUUCAGUUUUGCUGUUCAUCAUCCCUUCCGACAUUCCUACCCGUGACAGAGAACGAACAGGCAGCAAGUCAAAGAUCCCAACACCUCCAGCUCUCUUGGACUGGAAAACAGUUCACCAGAAAAUGCCGUGGAACAUUGUGUUUCUGCUGGGAGGUGGCUUUGCCUUAGCCAAAGGCAGUGAGGAAUCUGGUCUGUCUGCGUGGUUAGGUACCAAACUGACUCCUCUGCAGCAAAUCCCUCACCCAGCUAUCGCUCUCCUGCUGUGCCUCCUCAUCGCCACGUUCACGGAGUGCACCAGCAACGUGGCCACCACCACCCUCUUUCUCCCUAUUCUGGCUUCAAUGGCUGAAGCGAUCUGCCUUAAUCCCCUCUAUGUCAUGCUGCCCUGUACGCUUUCUGCAUCGUUGGCGUUCAUGCUCCCAGUGGCCACUCCUCCCAACGCCAUUGUCUUCUCGUAUGGACAGCUCAGGGUUAUCGAUAUGGCCAAAGCUGGGUUCAUACUCAACAUCCUCGGAGUUCUGACGAUAACUCUAGCCAUCAACACCUGGGCCUCAUCUUUGUUCCAACUGGAAACUUUCCCAUCUUGGGCAAACAGGUCAGGUACCUGCCCGUAACACGGGGAGGCAGAGGAACCCACAACAAUUUCUGUUAGAACUGCAAUGAGAGCAAGACUAUCACCUACACCAGUUUUGCCGAGGCAGCGGGUAAGAGACAGGCCUGUUUCCGUGGAAAAGGACAAGCCACCUACAAGCAAAAUCAUUCCGUUGAUAACAGCAAUAAAAUUGCCUAACAGCGCGGCUCAGCAGGCAAUUUCGUUACCCCGGCAGUAAGACGAGGUAACCUUUGGCUUUUCAACUCUUCCAGGGAUCUUGAGUUUUGCUGUCUCAGCAGGGGUAGAUUUCCCCCGAGUAUUAGCCACAUCGCUUUGCCAGCUCCGCCUGUAAAGUCUGAAACGUGCAGUGAGAAAGAAGAGAGGGGUGUGAAUAGAAAGGGAAGGACUCUGCGUUCCUCAUUUCAUGCAUCUAACUGUGUAUUGUCACACAAGUAAUAGGAAUAUCCACCCGUAUAAGAGUAUGCAGGCCUCCGCGUACGUGUUCAAAAUGUACGCGAUCGUUAUAUACUCUACGGGCAUUCACAGCAAGGCGCCUGCUGUAUGAUUACAGGCAAAUCACAUACUGCCAGCCCGUUCUAUUACUUGGAAACAUAUUUAUUUGCAGUCCCCUUGUUAUGAAUGUGAAAGACCAUUUUUCCCUAGAAUAUUUGUCCCGUUGUUAUUUAUGGAAGAUUACAGCCUCCAAGGUCGUGACAAGAAUGGCAAUAUUCUCUCGAGAAGGGGAGAA